AGCCUCUCCGGACGCCGAGGGGCGCUUCUUGCGCGGCGAGCGCGGACUCUCUCGUGGGCCGGACCGGAGCCCUCGGAGGGAAAGGGAGAGGCGGCCAACUAGCGCGGGGGCGCUGCGCCGGUGGAACUGCUCCGGGCUGCGGUUAUGCAACCAGCCGUUUGGGUGCUUCAAGGAGAAGCCGCGAAGGGAGCCUCUGGGCAUAUGCAGAGCGCCUUUCCCUUCGCUCCUCCUAGAUCUCCGACGCCGCUCCUGUUCUUCCGUCUGCUGAGUCAAUAGCACGCGUUAUAGGUUUACUUUUAAGGUUUUAUUGAAGGUUGGCAACGGUAGAGGACUCGAGGCCGUUAGGAAAGCCGAAAUAGACGCCGUACCCCGUGGAGAGGGAGACCUGUUCGUCCCUGUUGAUGGAACAGAAGGAUUUUUUUUUAAAAAAAAAACCCAAACAGCACAGAAUUCUCCAGGGUCCUCCCUCCCAGGCUUUGGCAACACAUCACCCUGUGUCUCCUAUCUCAGCUCCUCCACAUCUUUAGGAUGCCAGAAGGUCCAGAAUUAUUCCUAAACAGCCGGUACAUCAAUGAGGAGUGUGGGGGUCUCAUUUUCUCAGGUAAAGUGGAGAAGUCGGAAGUGAGCAAGAAUCCGGAAGUGCCCUUUGAGAGUGACAGGUACCUGAUCUCGGCCAUGUCAAGGGGCAAGGAGCUGAAGCUCACCCUCACGCCACUCAAACAGGAGGGCCCUGCUCCUGCUCCUUCCAAAAGGCGGGUCUCUGCAGCCCAAGGUAAGCAGGCAGCUCGAGAGCCAAUGGAUCUCAUCUUCCGUUUCGGUAUGUCUGGCAACUUCAAAUUUGUCCCCGUGUCUGAGAUGCCAAAGCAUGCGCACCUGCGCUUCUACACCCGAGGAAGCCCACCCCGCGCCCUCUGCUUCGUGGACUUCCGCCGGUUUGGCCGAUGGGAGGUGAGCAGUUCCUGGCAGGUGGACCGAGGGCCCUGUGUGAUGCUGGAGUAUGAGAAGUUCAGGGAAAAUGUGCUGAGGAACCUCUCGGACAAGGCUUUUAACAAGCCCAUCUGUGAGGCUCUGCUAAACCAGAAGUUUUUCAACGGUGUUGGCAAUUACCUCCGGGCUGAGAUUCUCUACAGGUUGAAAAUCCCUCCCUUUGAGAAGGCACGGACUAUUCUGGAGGACCUGAAGCCCCAGGAACAGGCAUCUGGACCAACCUCUAGGAAAAAGGUGAAGCUGAAAAGGGAGACCCCCGACUUGCUGGAGCUCUGUCACCUGGUGCCCAUGGAGGUUGUGAAUCUGGGUGGCAAAGGUUAUGAUCCCGUUAGGACGUCUGAUUACAGCAUCUUCCUGGAGUGGGCUCAGUGCUAUUUCGUUCCAGGCAUGCAGACCCUGCGCGAUGCCAACGGCAGGACCAUCUGGUUCCAGGGCAAUCCUGGACCAAUGGCCCCAAAAGGAGGAAAGCCACGCAAGAGGCAGUUGCAGGUAAAACCCAAUCCUGAUACCCCAAGCUCCAAGGUCACAAAACUGGAGACUAGCAGUUCUGUGACCAGUAUUCCUCGGAAAGAUGUUGUGGGAACAAGGAAGUCUGGAAGGAAGAAAGGGAACAGAAUUGCCCCCCAAACAGAGGACCACACUAUGGCCAAGGAAGCCAAGCUACCAAACACCAGAACUCGGAGAAAGGUUUCUGCCUUGCAGCAAUCUCCAGCACCAGAUUCUGUGGCUGAAUCCCAGAAGAGGCGAGCAUCAACCCGGAAAACUAGGGAUACUGCUGCUGUUUCCACAAGACCCAGGCAGGUGAAGGCACAGUGACCUCCCUGAAGCAGAACAGCCUUCUCCCCUUCUGGCCCAUGUGCUGCCGAGGCAAAAGAGGGUAUAAACUCUGGACGAUGCUCACAUAGCUGCCUUAUGUUGGUUUCUGGAUGCUGGCCUGGCAACAGGCGACACUGUGGGAAUUGUCUUGUCACUUAUGUGCUUUUUGAAGUCCUGCUAGGAACAUAUAGCAGAGCUACUAUGAGGCCUUUUACACUGAUUUUGCUUUCUGGAAAUGCUGUGGUAGAUUCAGGCCACGGUCUCAGCCCCAAUUCCAAACAGCGAGUAGGCUUUGUGCAUGCCACCGCUGCAGGAGAUCUUCCUGCUCUGGGUGUCGAGGCCUGUGUUAAAGAGAAGGGUCUCUUGAUACAA